AUGGGUGCUAAGCUUUGUACUCUAUCAGGGUUAUCUUUCAAGGAUUGUAUCAAACCUAAACAAAACAGAACUUUCAAAAUGAAGAAAGUGAAGAAAUUGGGUUUUGUAGAAGAUUGGAUAUUAGAUUCUCAAGAAAUGAAACAGUCCAAGAAAAAAGUGCACCCUUGUUCAACUCGGUUUCGUGGUGAACUAGCUAAGGACAGUUUAUGUUUAAGCUUAGUGGAAAAAACCAAGAACCGUCUUGAAGAAGUUAAUGAAGGGUUAGCCUCAGAUUGUUCAUUGGUUGCAGAAAAGUUAUGUGGUAAAUCGCAGAAGAUUAAUAGAGUGAGGUUUAAACUUCCUCAUACUGUUAUAUAUUACAAACCAGAAGAGUCUUAUUAUGAAGAAGAAGAUGAAGAAGAAAGAAGAGAAGGAUUGUUGAAGGCUUAUUAUGAUAGUGAAGAAGACUCGUUUUCAUCACCUAACUGGAGGGAACUGUAUUCAUUUGAAACCACUGAGGAACCUAUUUUGAAACUAGCAGUGGAUGUUCUUCCUCAUGUAUUUGUCUCUUCCAAAGUUUCAAAUUGA